UGAACAUGAGGUGUGGAGGAAGGCGGUGCUCAGUCGGCUGCCAGCACCCAGUGAGGCAAGACGUGCCCCGCUCACCUCCUUGGACACAUACAUAUACCCGAGCAGACGCAUUUCUGUCUUCAAGAUACAGUACACGCAAACUGCUCAUCUGUCACCUGACGGCGUCCUUCUGGGAAUGCAAGUGGGCAUCUGUCCAGCCUGUGGUGUUGCGUCUUCUGCGUGGUGGCUGUGCUGAGGUGACACGGGCGCUGCGAUGACGAAACUCCAGCAGGCGGAGAUGGCGAGCAUCCAGCAAGUUAGAGACGCCGUGGACGGCAACAACAACAACAACAGCGAAGGGAACGAUCAAAAUUCUCUGUCAUCAGGAGGGUGCGGAGGAAAAUACUUACUUCGUCCUCGUUCCGUUCGAGCGCUGCGUCGGUGCGACAGUGAGUGGAGCCUGCAAGAUAACAGAAGACAGAAGUCCCGCCCAGCACCGCUGUCAAAGUACCGCAGGAAAACGGCCAACACACGCGAGAGGUAUCGGAUGAGGCAGAUCAACACAGCCUUUGAGAAGCUCAGGAAAAUCCUCCCUGCUUGUGGCAACCCUCGCGGUAACACCUCCGAGAUGACAAAGAUCACCACUCUCAAGUAUGCCUGUGCCUACAUCAGGUCACUUCAGGACGUCCUGGACGACACAGUGAACCAACACCGACUAGAAGGAGGGAGCCCGGGCCAGGAUAGCUGUCCAUGGAUGUUUUCUGGAGUACUGCAGGACCCCCAGCUGCUUCAGGGCACCGCGGGAAGUACCUGCCACGUCUCUCAAGGAAAGACUCAGCCUCUGGGACCUCAGAGCGACCCUGAAACGGAUCUGAUGUCACUGUUGUGUGACUCGACCGAUUCAGGAAUAUUUGACGACGGUCUAGGGUCAUACCUGUCACCGCUGAGCGAGACGGAUGAGGUGACGCUGCUGCUGCUUGGUAGUGACGCGCCCUCCUGGCACGAUCAGACACACCCACAAUUUGCUGUCUGCUGAUAGUGACAGUUUGUUGUGCUACUGGUGAAGAAAAGUCCCGAGGAGUGAUGGACUCAUGAAUAGCAGUCAACCUGUAUACAAGUGUGCGUGGUGGCGAGGCUCUGUGGAACUGAGUGGAGUAUCAGUGCGAUGUGUCAAUGUACAUGAAAAAUAAAUGUACUGGAUGUCUGAAAAAAAAGCAAUAAAAAAACUGCGUUAGCAGGUUGAUAGAUACGACACGAAUAGAUGAACUGACCAACCGGACAGGAGGUGUGACAGGACGCGGGUGACAGGAAUUGUAUCUUGUUUUCUGGAGUAAAUGUUUUCUACAAUGUAAGGAGUGACAUAGUGUCCUUGAGGCAUGUAGGUAAUAAAGUAGAAAGUACAUUAAUUUACUCAUAGAAAGAGAAAAGUGUGAAAAAAUGCAUUGGCGUGAAGGAAGGCGCCCUAAUGUCUCUCUGCCGUUCUUUACCUGCAACAAGCAGGAUUGUGCAGCAACUGUGUCUCGCUUACAGUCGUGAACCGUAGUGUGGACUGACCCUGGCCACGGAGAUGUCUGAGAGGCGCUACUCAAAUCUAGUCAGAGCGUGGGUGCCAUAUACGUGAGGAGCCGCAUGGGCGGCGGGAGUGUGGUGGUCAGGGAGGUGCUUGUCGCGCCGGCACGAAGGGUUCACCGUCACGCCAGUGUUGUAAAACCUAUGUGUCAUUUUACAAUUGCUGAUAAUUCUCUAUGGGUUUUACUAGAUAAAUAAAGUCAACUUUUUUU